AUGCUCGUCUCGCGAGUAACCGCAACAACCAUCCUCCUCACCCUCCUCGCGCCCUUCACCGCCGCCACACCGCAACAGGCGCAACAACAACAAAAGCACCUCGAGCAGCAGGAUCCGCUUUCUGAGGCAGAAGAGCUCCACCCCCUGCCACCUCAUCACCCGUCUCUCGCAGGCAUCGCAGAAGCGCAAGGUCCCGACUUGCUCUCACCCCCUACCACCUACGAAGCUAUGUCGUCCUCCGUCGCCCGGACGGCCCCGCUCGUGUUCCCGGCCGCGGGAAAGCACACGGCUACCGUCAUCUUCGCUCAUGGCCUCGGCGAUACGGGCCACGGCUGGGCGAGUGCCGUUGAGAAUUGGCGGCGGAGGCAGAGGCUUGACGAGGUCAAGUUUGUGCUGCCUCAUGCGCCUCAGAUCCCCAUUACCUGUAACUGGGGCAUGCGCAUGCCGGGUUGGUUCGACAUUGUAAGUCGCGCUACAAUCUUCGACCGCCACCGCCAACAACAGGCACAAGCACCAUCAUCAUCAUCCCCAUCAUCGCCCAAGCUAACCACCAUCCCCCACUCACAGAAAGUCCUCGACGGCACAGUCGAGGCCCUCCGCGAAUCCGAAGACGAGCGAGGGAUCCUCGCCUCGUCAGAGUACUUCCAGCAGCUCGUCCAGGCCGAGGUGGACGCCGGCAUCCCCGCCGAGCGCGUCGUCCUCGGCGGCUUCAGCCAGGGCGGCGCCAUGGCUAUUUUCUCGGGUCUGACGGGCAAGCACCGGAUCGGCGGUAUCGUGGGCUUAUCGUGCUGGCUGCUGCUGAGUAACAAGUUUGCCGGCCUGGUCCCCGAGGAGAAGGCGAACCAGGAGACGCCCGUGUGGUUGGGCCACGGCGACGCGGAUCCGCUUGUCAGGCCUGAGUUGGGGGCACUGAGUAUGGAUGCGUUGAAGGGGCUUGGGUAUAAGGUGUCGAGGACGCUUUACCCGGGUAUGGGCCACGCCGCUUGCCCUGAGGAGUUGGACGACGUUGAAGCUUUCUUGUUGGAGAGACUCCCGCCUACUCAGAAGUAG